UAAUUUUGUAAACGAGUAUUUUCCCGCUUGCCUUUUUUUUUCAUUAGUCGUCCCACCCACUUGCAUGUGGUCCAAGCUUACUAAUAUUAACACGCAAACGGAGGAGACUUACAACUGAAGUCGUGUUGGAAGUUGUAUCGAUGCCGGCGCCGCCACGGUUGAUUCUGGGAUAUUCUACCAGUAUUUAGCAGAGCUCCCCCACGUUCAGCGUCAUAUUUCGGAGGGAGGUCGGAAAGAAACAAUGGCGGAACUACUAGCAGGAGCUGCACUGGGUGCUGUGUUUGGUGAACUGCUGAAGGCUGUUUCGGAAGCAAUACAAAGGUGCGUUAACUUCAAAGGAACCUUAACUCACCUCUCAACCACUCUAACACGAUUAGGUCCAAAAAUCCAAGAGAUACAGAAGCUAAACAAUGAGUUGGGUCGCCCCAAAGAGGAGCUUGAGUCGCAGUUAAUUAGUACAAUGAGAGACGGUACGUAAGCAACUCGUUCUCCAAUGUUCACAAACCCACUUCAAGUAUCUGAGUAAUCUGACCAGGCCAUAUUACGAGAGAAAGCUUCAACCACUGAUAAAAUCGCUCGAGAGGUUUAUCACCAUUGAUUUGCAAGUUCAGAUGGCUAUAGAUCAAAAAGAAUCCUUGCAUCUCAACAGAAAAACCCUGAGUCUUCUCAGUAAAUUUUGCAGUGGAAAGGCAAAAGAAAACGCAACAGCUUCAUCUUCUCAUUCUAUGUCUACCCCUGUGCUUGAAGUUGUCAAUGAAUCAGAACAAGAGGAACAACCAGAGCUUUUGCUAUCGGCUCCCAACGACUCAAUGACAUCCUUGGAAAAAAGUUCAACAAAUGGAAUAGAUGCUAAUGCAGCUACACACAAGAUAAAAGAGGUUAUUGUUAGAGGAAAUCUUACUGUUACUGUUAUAUCUGCUGAAAACUUACCUGCAUUGGAUUUCAUGAGAAAAUCUGAUCCCUAUGUUGUUCUGACCUUGAGGAAAGCAAAAUCAAAAGUCGAAACAAUAUGCCAAACCAAGGUUGUGAACAACUGCUUGAAUCCUUCUUGGAAUCAAGCAUUUGACUUUGUAGUGGAGGAUGGAUUACAUGAUGAGCUAAUUGUUGAAGUUUGGGACCACGACACUAUUGGAAAGGAUGAUUUUAUGGGGAGAUGCACAUUGUCGCUUAAGAGGGUAAUACAUGAGGAGGAAUACGAAGGACGUUUUAAGCUAGUUUGUGCUGAACGUUUUGGUGCUGAAUCUAGCUAUUUGAAGUUGCAUCUCAAGUGGAUGCAUCAACCAACUCACAGUGAUUCAAACUUUCUACCGUCCUUCAGCAAUGAUUUGGAGUUGAAGCCUGUUGGGAUAUUAAAAGUAAAGCUUAUGCAAGCAAAGGAAUUAACAAAUGGGCAUACUUUCCGAAAACCGGAUCUAUUUGUUGUACUCCACAUGCAGGCUUCAGGUGAGACAGGGAAAGAAAGCGAGACAAUUGUAGAAAGGUCCAUAAUUGAGUCAAAUUUUAUUUGUAUUGUUGGUUCUUUUGGUGUGGAUGCUGCAGAUUGUGCUAUGCUGAACGUCUAUGCGCCCUGUGAUAGAGUUGGUAAGAGACAAUUAUGGAGCAGAUUAGUAGAACUGAAGAUCAACAUCCAUUAUGACCUAUGGUGUGUCGCGGGGGACUUCAUUGUUGUUCGGUCUUCGUCAGAAAGAAGAGGAGUUGGUGCUAACUCUCAACAACAUAGGUCUGAAUCUGUGGAGUUCAAUGAUUUUAUUGAUGAGAUGGAACUACUUGACAUUCCUCUGUUGGGUAGAAAAUUUACUUGGGUGCGUCCUAAUGGUUUGCAAAUGAGUAGAUUGGACAGAUUUCUUAUCUCUCCGGGUUGGUUAAACAGGUGGCCGGAUUAUGUCCAAGAGGUGCUGCAAAGAGACAUAUCAGAUCAUUGUCCGCUUCUUUUUAAGAGGGUAAAUCAAAAUUGGGGUCCGAAACCCUUCCGCGUUGUUAACUGCUGGUUUGAUGACCCAAGGUUUCAAGCUUUUGUUGGUGAUUCUUGGAGAGAGAUACAGGUUGAAGGAAGAGGUAUUAUAGCUUUGAAAGAAAAAUUAAAAACUUUGAAACUGAAGCUUAAAUAGUGGAAUCUUGAAGUCUUUGGUAAUCUGCAUAGGAGGAAAAAGGAGAUAGUGGACCAGUUAAAUGAUAUUGAGAAAAAGGCUGAGGAAAGUGACUUACAGGAAGUUGAACUCAGACAGCGUCAGGAAUUAGGGGCAGAAUUUUGGCAGUGCUCAAAGAGAAUUGAUUCACUUGCUUAUCAAAAAUCUAGAAUCAAUUGGAUUCGGGAAGGGGAUCAAAAUUCACGUUAUUUUCAUGCAAUUGUGAAUUUUAGAAGAAAGGUAAAUGCUUUACCUGGGCUAUGGGUGGAAGAUGUGUGGGUCGACGACCCAAGUGCUGUAAAAUUUCAGGCUAAGGAAUUCUUUGCUUGCAAGUUCAAAUCAAUGGAAAGAUGGCGUCCAAAACUGGAUGGAGUCCCAUUCUGUUCUUUGUCUGUUUCGUCUUCAAAAUUACUAGAGGAAAAUUUCUCUGCUGCUGAAUUGAAGGAAGCAGUUUGGAGUUGUGCCGGGGACAAGAGUCCGGGUCCUGAUGGUAUAAAUUUCAGAUUUAUUAAGUCCUUCUGGGAGAUUUUACAGGAUGAUUUUUUUAAGAUGGCAGUGGACUUUCAAGACUCUGGGGUAUGGCCACGAGGCUCAAAUGCUUCCUUUAUUACACUGAUUCCAAAGAUUGCUUCCCCCCAUGGCCUGCAUGAUUUUCGUCCUAUCUCACUUAUUAACUGCAUGUAUAAAAUUGUCUCUAAACUGCUGGCUAAUAGAAUCCGGAACGUGAUUUCCUCUGUGAUUGAUGAUUGUCAAUCCGCUUUCAUUGGAGGGAGAAAUUUGCUAGAUGGUGUACUGAUAACAAACGAGGCAAUUCAUGACGCUAAGAGACGGAAGAAGCCAACCUUUGUCAUGAAAAUUGAUUAUGAAAAGGCCUACGAUUCUGUUGAAUGGGACUUUUUGUUCUAUAUGCUGAGGAGGUUGAAUUUUGGUGAAAAAUGGAUUAGGUGGAUUUCUGGAUGCUUGAGAAGUUCUACAUUGACUAGAGUUAUGACCAAAUAAGUAUUUGUAAAGGU